AUGGCUCGGGCCAUGUCACUGACUCGUGUGCAGCAGGUGGGUGCUUUUGGCGCAGCUCCUCCAAUAUUUCCGGGUUGGUUUGUCUCCUCGCCCCGCGGCCUCCCUGCUCCGGAGAUGGUGAUUGCCGGUGCACCUGAGCCGUCGCCAGAGCUCGUUGCCGCCUGGUCGGCUGUGGCCGCCAAGCCUCUGCCGGUGCUCGAAAGAGGGACCAUGGCGACGAAGCCCCCUGUACCGCCGGCUCCGAAGCCCGUGACAGCAGACGCUGAAAGGACUCUUCCCCACGUACCCGCGGCUGGCCCGUCUGCCCCUGUUGUGGUUCCGUCCGCUCCGGCUGCUGCUCCUGGUCCCCUGGCUCCUCCUGUCGAGCCGCCGGUGUCUGCUCCUGCCGGGGUUGUUUCUGACCCCCCUGGUCCUGUCCCUGGUGCCUACGUUGCACCACCCGCUUCUGUCCCCGAUGUGACUGCUCCUGCUUCUGCUUCGUCACCAAAGGCGGCGUCCGCCACCACUGGCGGACCUGCUCCGUCGGUUGCGCCCCCACAGGCGGGUCAGUCCGCGCUUGCUGCGACGCCGAUGGCCCCGGCAGGACAGCCGUCACGCCCCCCGUCUCCUGACCGCCGCCUGUCUCGCCCCCAUUCACCCGCGCCCCACCAGGAGCGCAAGUCGUCUCGCCGCCGGCGCGAUUCUCCACGGCGGUAUCAGCAGCAGGCUCACUGGCCUGCUCAUCUCGUUGGCCAGGGGGACUGGAGGGGUCCCCGCGGGCGCGGAGGUGGGGGUUACCGUCCGCCAGUGACGAUGGCGGAUCUUCAGCGGGAAGUGUCGAGGGCAGUACGCGAGGAGAGGGCGGCGCAGAGUCAGAGCAGUUCGAUGCGCGCCUCACCAGCCCACGAGGCUCCCCGCCAGCCUGCGCUUCCGUUGAGUCCACCGCCUGUCGCUGCACCCCCUCCACAUGUUCACCUCCCAACGGCUGCUGCUCCCGCUGCCUCGGCACCCGCCCCUGGGUCACGUCUUCACCUGCCGCCGGUUCCGCCUGUUGCGGGGGCCGAAUCUGUGACCGCGGGUGGCGGCGCGGUGGCGGCGCAGUACUCGCAUCCUGUUGUUGCUGAUGAGCCACUCCUGUUCCUGGCGGAGGCGCUUCAGCCUCCGCAGACACGUGUCCCAGAGGUGACGCUCGGCCAGCUCCACCGCCUCGCGAAGAGUCUCCACGCGUUGCUGCUGAUUCAGGUGCUUGCUCACUCGUCUCUCCCCGUGAUCCCUCGUGAGACCUUCCGUGGCCGCCAGCGUGAGAUCUGCCUGGACGCAGCAGACCAGCUCGCAGUGCUGCUGGCGCGCGUGCUGGCUGCGCCCGUAGAGGGUGGCACUGCUGCUGCGGGACAGCUUGACGAGGCUGUCCGGGGCUUGAGGCGGCAUUUGCGCGCUGGAUCUGGAGCCGCGGCGAUCGGCGCAAGCACGCUUUUGGUCCGGGAGCUGUGGCGCACCCUGACGGGCGUUCUUCACGCCCUUGGAGCUCACCGCAUGUAG